AUGACAAUAUGGAUGUGCACUGACAUGACAUGUGCACUAGAGCAGCCGCACCCAGCACCACGCAGCAGCGGCGGUGGUAGCCGCCACUCGUCAUCGCAACAGCAGCAGCAGCAGCAACAGGCAGCCGCCGCCGCCGCGGCCAACGAGGUGCGCACCGUGCUUCUGUACGGCGUGCCCAUCGUGGCGCUGGUGAUCGAGGGCCAGGAGCGGCUCAGCCUGGCGCAGAUCUCGAACACGCUGCUCAAGGACUACUCGUACAACGAGAUUCACAACCGGCGCGUCGCCCUGGGCAUCACCUGCGUCCAGUGCACGCCCGUGCAGCUGGAGCUGCUGCGGCGAGCGGGCGCCAUGCCGGUCUCGUCGCGGCGCUGCGGCAUGAUCACCAAGCGCGAGGCCGAGCGGCUCUGCAAGUCCUUCCUGACGGACACGCCGCCCCCGAAGCUGCCCGAAAACUUCGCCUUCGACGUGAGCCACCAGUGCGCCUGGGGCUGCCGGGGCAGCUUCGUGCCGGCGCGCUACAACUCGUCGCGCGCCAAGUGCAUCAAGUGCGCCUACUGCUCGCUCUUCUUCAGCCCCAACAAGUUCAUCUUCCACUCGCACCGACUGCCGGACUCCAAGUACGUGCAACCGGACGCAGCAAACUUCAACUCCUGGCGGAGGCACAUCAAGCUCAGUGGGACUCCUCCGGAGGACGUCAGCUACGCCUGGGAGGACGUCAAGGCCAUGUUCAACGGGGGCUCGAGGCGACGCGUGGCCGUCUCUUCUUCUUCGUCCUCAUCGUCCUCUUCCUCGGCCUCCAAGAGGGCGCGCUCCUCGGCAGGCGACAGGGACGCUCUCCAGCCGCCGAAGCCGCAGCCGCAGCCGGUGACCGCCCCGCCGGCGCCCUACUUCCCGGUGCUGCCUCUGUCGAGCGGCGGGCCGGCGGCGCUCUUCCCACCUCCGCUGCUGUGCCUGAGCGGCAGCAAGGCGUCUGGCGGCGGAACACCGGUAUUCGGCGACUACGUCUGGAUGAGCGGCGGCAGCGCCAAGCCGUACGGCGCCCUAUGGCCUCCGCCGCCGCCGCCUCCCGGACCGCCGAGGCUUCUGGCCGCCGAGCCGGCGUUCGCGUCUUCUCUGGCCGACGAUGCGCCGCCCGCACUGCUGGGAGGCCUGGGAAGCGGCUCGGCGCCGCUGUCCUACGCGUCCGCCUUCAGGCCCGUGGCCGGCACGGCCGUGGGCCGCGUCGCCAGGUCGCCCACGCUGCGGUCUUCUACGCCCGCCUGCGACACGACCACGGAUCCGAGCCGCGCUGCUUCGGGCGCGACGGGUGCGGCUGCGGGGUCCGAGGCGAGCGACGGGGCGCGUUCCGAGGACGAGGACUCGGACAGCUUUCACGGCGAGGUGGACGUCACCGACACCAGCAGCGACGACGGACGCACGCUGGUGGCCGCCGCCGCGCCGGCGCACACCAGCUCGUCGCCGCCGCCAAGCCCAGCGGCUUCGGAGGCAGCGCCCGAGAGCCGAGCGGACGGUGGCCGCACGCCAGUGCCGGACACCAGCGACGCUGGCAUCGCCAACAAGCAGGAUGAAGAGACGAACAAGCGCGACGCUGAGCCCGAGAACGCCGUGACGUCCGUGGUGCAACUGAUCAAGGAAGAGUGCCGAAAGCGAGACGCCCUCGAGGCGUCGCCAUAUUCGGAAACGCAAACCUUCGACCACUCUUUGGAUCCUUCGAGUGUAUUCACACUUAGCAAAGAUGAACUGCGGGACGUACUGCUUAGAGAAGCACAAGCCAGGAAAAAAGUGGAAAGAGAGUUUCGCCUUAUGCGAGAAACCUUCGAGGAGCAAGUGCAGAAAGAGGUCGCGUACCGCGAAGAACUCACAAAGCAGUUGCAAGUCGUGCGAGACGCCCUAUGCCAGGAACUGGACCAAGAACGGAAGGCUAGAUUCGCUGUUCAAGCUAAGCUGAAAGAGCUUUCCCUGCACUACCAGCAGAUGCAGCAGCGAAGCAUCAUUGCCGGUAAGCAGUGGAGCUGGCAAUGCAGCUUGCGCCCGCGAGCCGAAACCAGGCGCCCGUUGACAGCCCGUCUUCUCCCGCGUUCCGCAGACACGCACGACACGAUGCAGCACCUCGCGUGCAAGAUGCUGGGCGCCAGGCACUGCGCCGAGUGCAGCUACAAGGCGGAGUGACGGGGAGGGCCUCGCACAAGACUUCAUCGCGACAGAGCUGCAACGAUGAUGGACUGCGACCUGCCGAUCGCUGCAGCGGUGGUCGAGCGCAAGACCGUGACGUCAGCGUGUGCUCCCGCGCAUCGCAUCGAAGGAGAACCCAGCGGUCCGGUUCCUGGCCGACAUAACAAGUCACGCGACUGCGUUGUGAGCACCAGAGUCUCACACUCAAGUGUAUACGCUUUAUUCAGAGUUUGGCACCUAAGAAAACGAGAGUGCGUCACGAGUCGAGUUUGAUCAUCAGGCCAACUGGACAGACGCGGCUGUACAGACAAGCGUUUACAGCUGUGCUAGUUGGUUCUGCUACUGUGAAACAUACAAGGACACGGACAGCAUAGGAAGAGACACACAAGCCCAGUUGUGUGUCUGGCGUUGUGUGUUUCUUCCUAUCUGUCCAUGUCCUUGUUCGCCAGUAUGUUUCACGUAGAGGCAAGUUCACUUCAGGCGCGUCAUCAAAUCCCGUAGAGCUAGGCCGUCUCUCUAUAUAACUGGGCUUUUAUUCGGCGCUAACCGCGAUGUGUCGUCGUACCAGAGACGUUCUGCGUGUUAAGCGCAACUCAGAGUAAAACGAAACACAGGUAGGCGUAAAAGGAAGGACGGGGCGACAACGUGAGCGCUGCCGUCUGAGUUGUUCUGAGCUGCGCUAAACACUCAGAACAUAAUGGGAUACCAACUCACCUAAACUGCUUCUCUUGUCGUACCAAAGCAUUUUUUUUUUCCCGAGAUUUCGAACUCUGAUCGUUAUAACUUCUCAUUUUUGAUAGCUCAAGAAAAAGGUCCCGCGUGACGCGUUGCUUAGAAUAGCUCGAACCCACACUCUCACGCACGAUGCUCCCCAUGUUGCUCAUUUAAUUUAUAUGUACAGGCACUGUUAUCGCGUUCUCUCGAGAACGUCGCAACGUGACAACCACGUGCGCAUUCACAUGCGGCAUGUGAGGGCAGAACAGGAGGCGCACGCGUUUACUACAUGCAGGUAGCUAACAUUUAACUAUAUUGUCAGGGUUAUGGCAUGUCAUUCUGCAGUUGUCAGCCCCUCUACUAGCCGUAAUAAACUAGGAAAGUGAAGUUCCACUUCAGUGACCGGUUCCUUUUGCCAGUCAGGUUGCCAGGUUGGUCAAAUUCUUCAAAUCGUUAAAAAAAAUGUCGCCAUCUAUAACUAACUGAGUGAUGAUUAUCGUCUGACUAAGCCGCCCUUGAUGUAUACCGCUUCCUUUUUCCGAUGAUAUUUUCCCCUUCAAAUUAUUAGUGACUUGGGUGUGGUGGAAUAUGUAAACGUUGGUUUAAGCACAAUUAAGGUUUAACACAAUUAACCUAUUUCAAGUCAGCAAUAGACUGCGCAUUUGAUGGUGACCUCAGUGCAUUCUUUAGUCAUUCGCAUUUCCAUUUAACUUCAUUAGGUAAACCAUGACUGAUGUUCAAAGACACAUACGAAACGCGGUCGAAAUAUGAAACAGACAACGUAGAGUACUCAUGUAGUUGGUUUCUUUCUUCACCUCUGUGUGUGUCCUCUUCGAUUUUGAAAAUGUGCCGCAUGGGGUUUUCAAGUGCGGUACGCACUGUCACUUUGUGCGCGAAUGAAUGCGACCGGUGGAAAAUGCUCCUGCUGCUCUGUUUUGUCGACGGGUAGUUUUGGGUGGCAUGAAAGUGCGCUAACCUAACGUUGAAGCAAA